AUGAGGGCGGGGCUGAGCACCAUCCAGCAGACCCUAACCCCGGAGGCUGCCGCCGUCCUCAGCCAGUCCAUAUCGGAGGCCGGCCGCCGCAACCACGGCCACACGACGCCCCUCCACGUGGCGGCCGCCCUCCUCGCCUCGCCGUCCAGUUACCUCCGUCAGGCCUGCAUCCGGUCCCACCCCGACUCCAGCCACCCGCUCCAGUGCCGCGCCCUCGAGCUCUGCUUCAGCGUCGCCCUCGAGCGCCUCCCUGCGCUCUGCAAUACGGCACCGUUUAUGCAAAAUCGAAAUCCGUACCUAAAUCCACUUCUGGAGAAGGGGGGAAAUAUAAAUACUGAAAAUAGCGGGUCCCGUGAAGUAAAUAGAUUGCUGGAGAUUAUGUCGAGGACAAAGAGAAGGAACCCGAUUCUUGUCGGCGAUUCGGAGCCCGAGGCAGUAGUGAGGGAAUUCUUGAAGAAAAUAGAGAGUAAAGAAAUUUUGGCUCAAAAUGGGGCUUUGAAUAAUGCUCGGGUUAUAUCGAUUAUGGAGAAAGACUGUGUUGUGCCAUCAAGAAUCGGAAAAUUAUGCGAUGUGAUUGGGAAUUUGAUAGGGAUUGGAGGUGUGAUUCUUGAUUUGGGCAAUUUGAGGUGGCUAGCGGACCACCAACACCAGCAGCAGGGGAUCACGGAGCACGGGAGGACGGUGGUGGCCGAGAUGGCUCGGUUAUUGGCAAGAUUUAACGGGGAGAAUAAUAAGGUUUGGUUGAUUGGGACGGCAAAUUGCGAGACCUACUUGAGAUGUCAGGUUUAUUUUUCGAGCAUGGAGAAUGAGUUGGAUUUGCAGGCUGUGCCUGUGGCUUCACGAUCACGUUUUCCGGGAAUGGUUACGAGGCUCGAGACACAGAGAGCAUCGGGCAGUCCAGUGCAGCCGUUGAAUCCAGCAAUGUCCUUCCAGCAAAUUCAACUGCCGGCUUUAACAAAGCACGCAUUUGAGAAAAUGGAUCCUUCUCAAAGCAUCUUCUUAUGCUGUCAAUGCUCAGAGAAUUAUGAGAAGGAGCUCGCAAAAAUUGAAUGGAGUGAGAAGUCCUCGUCUGAAACCACCCUACCGUCACUGCCACAAUGGUUGCAAAAUGCCAAAUUCAACACGACGGAUACUAGAACUUGCGACAAAUCAAACAUGACACAAGGGCUCAUUCUCAACCACAAAAUCGAAGAAUUGCAUAGGAAAUGGCGAGACGCAUGUCGGCACCUUCAUCCAAACUUCCACCAGACGGGCGGCCCGAAUAGUCAACCAUCUUACAGCCAGUCACCAAGUCCCGUGCGUACCGAUCUCGUCCUCGGACCUGACGAGAAACUCACUUUGGACAUCGAUACGUACAAAAGACUUCUCAAGCGGCUGAUGGAGCAAGCAUGGUGGCAGCCAGAGGCUGCCACCGCAGUUGCCUUGACAGUCGCUCGCCGUCAGGGCGACACGUGGCUGCUUUUCGUGGGGCCCGAUGUUGCUGCAAAAAGGAAGAUGGCCUCCGUGGUGGCAGAGCACAUCAGGGGCAAUUUGGUCACGUUACGCCACGUGGCGGACUUGCGCGGGAAGACCGUGGUCGACCGCGUGGUGGAGGCCAUCCGGAGGAAUCCUUCCGACUCUGUGAUCGUGGUCGAGGGUGCCGAGCAGUGGUGCCCACUGGCGUGCGAGAGUUUGAAACGUGCGGCCGAGAUCGGGAGAAUCGCGGACUCGCACGGCUGCGAGGUGGCUCUAGGAAAUGUCGUUUUCGUCCUCUCGGGGGAUUGGUCGACAGGCGACGACGAGCGCAGGUUUCCUUCGGUUUCGACAAGGUGGCAGUUAGGGUUAAGAGUGAGCAGCUCGAAACGAGCGCGGAGGGGGACACUCUCGUUGGACCUAAAUCUCGCGUUGCCUGCUGCUGACAUGUCGAGUGAUGACGUCACCAUAGAGCACGAGGAGGAGGACGAGGUUUUGAAGCGGUUCGUUGUGUCUGUGCCUCAGGAGCUGACGGGCUGGAUGGACGGGUUAGUGGUGUUCAAACCUGGGGAUUUGGUGUGAGGGAGAUAAGAAGACGAUGAUGGUUACGUUCUCGGAGAUAGUUGAGGAUUUGUGGCUUCAAGUGGGAGACGAUGUGUUGGAGAGGAUCUUGGGAGGGUUGUUGCAUGGGGUGAUGAGUUUGGAAGAGUGGGUGGGGAAGGUUUUGGGGCCGGGGUUUGAGAGAAUCGGGCGGCAGAACGGGCAGGGUGGAGCUGUUGUUUGUCAUGUGGUGGAGUCGGGAGAGAGCCAAGAAGAGGGGCAUAAUGGGAAUUGGUUGCCUACUCACGUCUUAGUGUCAUCAUCAAUUGAUGUGAUUGAGGGUGUGGAGUUGUUAUUGCUGAUUUUUAUUGCAAAUAUGGGGACUUUUAAGUGGAAAAAAGGAAAACUUGAGGCGGGGUGAGACGGUGAGUCAUGCAUAUGGGUUGACGAAUCUUCUUCUAACGACUUAUGGUGNUUUUUAGUUU